AGGUAAAUGUUGACUGCUACAUUUGUCAACUAGCUGUCAGCUGAAAUCCAAGUUAAUUUAAGCUAUAAGUAAGCGAUGGCAACUCGAAGGGCAUUACACUUUGUGUUCAAAGUAGGAAAUAGAACAGAAACUGCUAAUUUCUUUCGUCAAAUUCUUGGGAUGAAGUUUCUGCGGCAUGAAGAAUUUGAAGAAGGAUGCAAAGCUUCUUGCAAUGGUCCCUAUGAUGGAAAGUGGAGCAAGUCCAUGGUUGGAUAUGGACCAGAAGACAGUCACUUUGUCAUUGAGCUAACAUACAACUACGGUAUUGGCUCCUACAAGCUUGGCAAUGAUCUCAUGGGUAUCACCAUACAUUCCCCUGUCGUUGUGGAAAAUAUCAAGAAACACAACUACCCAUGCAAUGAGAACAAUGGUGUGCUGACAGUUACCUCCCCUGAUGGAUAUCCGUUCAACAUUGUGAACGAAAGUGCCUCAGGAGAUCCAGUCAAAAAGGUCACUCUAGCGUCAUCAGAAUUGCAAAGGUCUGUUGACUUCUGGACAAAGCUGUGUGGAAUGAAAAAGUAUUCUGAGACGGAGAAAUCUGCAGUUUUGGGAUAUGCAGAGGAUCAGUGUAAACUAGAGCUCCAGGAUAUUGGCACACAUGUUGACCAUGCCACGGCUUUUGGCCGUGUUGCAUUUUCCUGUCCAAGGGCAGAGCUUGCAGGGAUACAAGAGGGUAUGAAGUCUGCUGGUCAGACAAUUCUUACACCCCUGGUUAGUUUGGAUACUCCCGGCAAAGCCACUGUGGAGGUUGUUAUACCUGCCGAUCCGGAUGGCCAUGAGAUAUGUUUUGUUGGGGACGAGGCAUUCCGAGAGCUGUCACAAGUUGAUCCCAAGGCAGACCAGUUGUUAGAUGAGGGUAUUGCGGCAGACAAGAGCGAUGAAUGGUUUGCCAAGAAAGGGAAAAGCAAAGCUUCGGCAUGAAUACUGCACCGUCUUGAAUGAUUGUCAUGAGAUAUUUGCUUCGAGUCCAGUGAUAUUUGUGUCAUUCUAUGGCUGCAUCUAAAUGGUUUGGAAAGACGGGUCAUAUAUGAUUGCAAGUGUAAAUUAAUGCAUUUCGUAUUAAAACACCUUAUUA